GCUGCCGAGCCGCUGGGCCUUGCUGACCUGCCGGCGACUGCAGACCGGGCCUUUCCCGCGUCCUUUGGUCACCCUGACACCGGUCGCGGCCGGGACCGGUUCAACUACUCAUCUUUGUUCUUCUUAAUUUACUAGAGGUUUAAUCAAAUAGCCAUGUAGACUGCCUGGCCUUCAAAGACCACUUCUAAAGCGUCUUGUAAGACUACUGUAAUAUUGAAAGUUUUAAAAGACUAUAAUCGUGUGUGUUGUAACAGAAGGAAGAAUGGAAGUAUUACAAGAACUUCAUAAACCAUCAGCACGUUUGGAAUGUGACCACUGCAGUUUCAGAGGCACAGACUAUGAAAAUGUCCAAAUCCACAUGGGUACCAUCCAUCCAGAAUUUUGUGAUGAAAUGGAUGCUGGUGGGUUAGGUAAAAUGAUAUUUUACCAGAAAAGUGCAAAGUUAUUUCACUGCCAUAAAUGCUUCUUCACCAGCAAGAUGUAUUCUAAUGUGUACUAUCAUAUCACAUCUAAACAUGCAUCCCCAGACAAAUGGAAUGAUAAACCAAAAGGUCAGUUGAACAAAGAAACAGACCCUGUGAAAAGCCCUCCUCUUCCUGAACACCAGAAAAUGCCCUCUAAUGCAGUGGGACUCUCAAAACCCAUACCUGCCCUUUGCAUCGAAACACAGAAACUUGGCCCAGUUUUGUCUCCAGAAUCACCAAAACCUACUGUUAUUCCUCUGGAGCCUCAGAAACCUGCCCCUGUUUCUCCUGAGCUACAGACACCUCCUCUUCUUUCUUCUGAGCCUUCAAAACCUGCCCCUAUUUCUUCUCCUGAACUUCCAAAACCAGUCCCUGUUGUUUCUGAACCUCAGAAGGCUGUCUCUGUUCCUUCUCCAGAACCACAGAAGCUUGCUCCUGUAUCUCCUGAGCCAGUAAAAGCUACUGUUACUAAUCCCAAACCCCAGAAACACUCUCAUUUUCCAGAAACAUUGGGGCUACCUUCAGCCACCUCUCCAGAGUCACCAGUUCUAGCUGCUUCCCCUGAACCUUGGGGGCCAUCCCCAACUGCAUCUCCAGAAUCUCGAAAGUCAGCCCGGACUGCCUCCCCUGAGCCAAGGAAGCCAUCCCCAUCAGAGUCUCCUGAACCUUGGAAGCCAUUCCCUGCUGUCUCCCCAGAGCCUAGGAGACCAGCCCCAGCUGUGUCACCAGGUUCUUGGAAGCCAGGGCCACCUGGAUCCCCUCGGUCUUGGAAAUCUAGUCCCACAGCAGCAGCAGCAGCAGCAGCAUCAGGACCUUGGAAGCCAGCUAAACCAGCUCCCUCUGUGUCUCCUGGACCUUGGAAACCAAUUCCUUCUGUAUCACCUGGACCUUGGAAAGCAACUCCCUCUGUGUCACCUGCAUCUUGGAAAUCUUCAUCAGUCUCACCUGGUUCCUGGAAAACUCCUCCUACAUCUCCUGAGUCUUGGAAGUCUGGCCCACCAGAACUCCGAAAGACAGCUCCCACAUUGUCACCUGAACCCUGGAAGGCAGCUCCCCCAGUGUCUCCUGAACUCCGCAAGCCAGGCCCACCCCUGUCCCCGGAGAUCCGUAGUCCAGCAGGAUCUCCAGAGCUCAGGAAACCCUCAGGGUCACCAGACCUUUGGAAGCUUUCUCCUGAUCAGCGAAAAACCUCUCCUGCUUCACUUGAUUUUCCUGAGUCCCAGAAAGGUUCUCGUGGUGGUUCUCCUGAUCUCUGGAAGUCUUCCUUUUUUAUUGAAGCUCAGAAAUCCACCGUCUUCCCUGAGACCCGAAAACCAGGUCCUUCUGGGCUGUCUGAGUCCCCCAAAGUGGCCUCAGAUAUCUGGAAGCCUGUUCUUUCUAUGGACACUGAACCUAGAAAACCUGGCCUGUUUCCUGAGUCUACCAAAGCAGCCCGUCCUGCUUCUCCUGAACCACGAAAACGUGCUCUUUUUCCAGAGCCUCGGAAGCAUGCCCUUUUCCCUGAACUUUCCAAAUCUGCCAUAUUCACAGAAUCUCAGAAGGCAGUUGAGCUUAGUGAUGAACUACAAUUAGAUGCCCUAGAUGAUCAAAAGUGUGAUAUUUUGGUUCAGGAAGAACGGGUCACAGCUAAGAAACUCUUAGAAGACACUUUAUUUCCUUCCUCAAAGAAGCUCAAGAAAGACAACCAGGAGAACUCAGAUGCUGAGCUUAGUAGCAGUGAGUACAUAAAAACAGAUUUGGAUACAAUAGAUAUUAAAGGCCAAGAAUCAAGCAGUGAUCAGGAGCAAGUUGAUGUAGAGUCUAUUGAUUUUAGCAAAGAAAACAAAGUGGACAUGAGUAGUUCAGAGCAGUUCAAAAAUGUACUACAAUUUACUGAAGAAAAAGAAGCUUUCAUCUCUGAAGAGGAGAUUGCAAAAUACAUGAAGCGUGGAAAAGGAAAGUAUUAUUGCAAAAUUUGUUGUUGUCGUGCUAUGAAAAAAGGUGCUGUUUUGCAUCAUUUGGUUAAUAAACAUAAUGUUCAUAGCCCAUACAAAUGCACAAUUUGUGGAAAGGCUUUUCUUUUGGAAUCUCUCCUUAAAAAUCACGUAGCAGCCCACGGGCAAAGUUUACUUAAAUGUCCACGUUGUAAUUUUGAAUCAAAUUUCCCAAGAGGCUUUAAGAAACAUUUAACUCAUUGCCAAAGCCGUCAUAAUGAAGAGGCAAAUAAAAAGCUAAUGGAAGCUCUUGAACCCUCACUGGAAGAGCAGCAGAUUUGAUUUUAAACACAAUGUAAAUACCUGCCAUAUAAAGUUGUCUGUUGAAACCAUUCUUUGAAAGUAAAGCUGAUGAAAUAGCAUAGUUGGAUCAGUAGCUAUUAGUGUGUAUGAUGUACCCUCUCUCAGUUGUGUUACAAAGGACAAGCAUUUGGUUAUUUUUUUCAUGGCCUCUUGUCUGUGUGGCUGUCUUGUAAAUCAAUAAAUUUCUACUGUAUAUUCCAGAUGGA